GCAACAGUGUAGAGAAACAGAAACCUAAGUGCUGUUGACCUGCUGCAACUUUAUAUCAGCGCUCACUUGCAGGAAAAUGGCAGAAGCCCGUAUUUCAGUGGAUCAGUUCAGCUGUCCGGUGUGUCUGGAUCUCCUGAAGGAUCCAGUGACCAUCCAGUGUGGACACAGUUACUGUAUGAGCUGCAUUACAGACUGCUGGAAUGAGGAGGAUGAGAAGGGAGUCUACAGCUGCCCUCAGUGCAGACAGACCUUCAGUCCAAGACCUGCUUUAUUUAAGAAUGUGGUGUUUGCUGAAAUGGUGGAGAAACUGAAGAAGACCAAACUUCAAAGUGCGGUUCCUGCUGGAGCUGGAGAUGUGCAGUGUGACGUCUGUACUGGAAGAAAAUACAAAGCCGUCAAGUCCUGUCUGGUGUGUCUGAACUCUUACUGUCAAACUCAUUUUGAGCGUCAUGAGGAGUUUCACCCUGGUAAACGACACAAAGUGAUCGAGGCCACUGGACGACUGCAGGAGAUGAUCUGCCAGAAACACGACAAGCUUCUUGAAGUUUUUUGUCGCACUGAUCAGAAAUGUAUUUGCUUGCUGUGUAUGGUGGAUGAACACAGAAAUCAUGACACUGUGUCAACUGCAUUACAGAGGACUGAGAAAGAGAGAGACUUAAAGGAGAUGCAGAAGACGUUCCAGCAGAGAAUCCAGCAGAGAGAGAAAGAUCUUCAGCAGCUGAGAGAGGCUGUGGAGUCUCAUAAGCGCUCUGCACAGACAGCAGUGGAGGACAGUGAGAGGAUCUUUACUGAGCUCAUCCGCUCCAUUGAGAGAAGCCGCUCUGAGCUGAUACGGCUGAUCAGAGAUCAGGAAAAGCGAGCGGUGAGUGGAGCUGAAGGACGACUGGAGCGACUGGAGCAGGAGAUCAAUGAUCUGAGGAGGAGAGACGCUGAGCUGGAGCAGCUUUCACACACACAGGAUCACAUCCAGUUCCUGCAGAGUUUCCAGUCUCUCUCAGCACCUCCUGAAUCUACAGACAUAAAUGAGAAACCCAUCAGUUCUCGUCUCUUUGAUGGUCUGAGAGAAUCUGUUCAUCAGCUGAGAGACAAACUGGAGGAUUUCUGCAAAGAGGAGCUCAAGAAGAUCUCAGACAGAGUCACAUUCAUCAACAUUGUUCCCAGGACCAGGAACGACUUCCUACAAUAUUCCCAUCAGCUCACUCUGGAUCUGAACACAGCUUUUGAACACCUCUGUCUGUCUGAGAGAAACAGAGUGAUUACAUACACUAACACAGUCCAGUCGUAUCCUGAUCAUCCAGACAGAUUUGAUGUGUAUGCUCAGGUGUUGUGUAGAGAGAGUGUGUGUGGACGCUGUUACUGGGAGCUGCAACGGAGUGGAGGUGUGUAUAUAUCAGUGUCAUAUAAGAGCAUCAGCAGGAAGGGACGGGGUAAUGAGUGCGUGUUUGGAUCUAAUGAUCAGUCCUGGAGUUUGUUCUGCUCUUCCUCCAGAUACUCAUUUAAACACAAUAACAUAGAGAAUGUUCUCCUUGUAAAGCCCAUCAGCAGUAGAAUAGGAGUGUUUGUGGAUCACAGUGCAGGAACUCUGUCCUUCUACAGCGUCUCUGACACAAUGAGCCUCAUCCACACAGUCCAGACCACAUUCACUCAGCCGCUCUAUCCUGGGUUUAGGGUUUAUUGUUCUGGAUCAUCAGUGAAACUGUGUUGGUAUAUUCUAUUUAAUGUAACAUUUUUAAGCAUUCCUCAACAGAGAGACUUGAAGGAGACACAGAAGAUGUUCCAGCAGAGAUUUCGGGAGAGAGAGAAAGAUCUUCAGCAGCUGAGAGAGGCUGUGGAGUCUCAUAAGCGCUCUGCACAGACAGCAGUGGAGGACAGUGAGAGGAUCUUUACUGAGCUCAUCCGCUCCAUUGAGAGAAGCCGCUCUGAGCUGAUACGGCUGAUCAGAGAUCAGGAAAAGCGAGCGGUGAGUGGAGCUGAAGGACGACUGGAGCGACUGGAGCAGGAGAUCAAUGAUCUGAGGAGGAGAGACGCUGAGCUGGAGCAGCUUUCACACACACAGGAUCACAUCCAGUUCCUGCAGAGUUUCCAGUCUCUCUCAGCACCUCCUGAAUCUACAGACGGAAAUGAUGAUUCCUUAAUUUUUCUCUUCUCUUCUGAUAACAUGAGAGAAUCUGUUCAUCAGCUGAGAAACAAACUGGAAGAUUACUGCAAAAAGGAGCUCAAGAAGAUCUCAGACAGAGUCACAUUCACCAACAUUGUUCCCAGGACCAGGAACGACUUCCUACAAUAUUCCCAUCAGCUCACUCUGGAUCUGAACACAGCAUAUAAACUCCUCUGUCUGUCUGAGGGAAACAGAGUGAUUACAUACGCUAACACAGUCCAGUCGUAUCCUGAUCAUCCAGACAGAUUUGAUGUGUAUGCUCAGGUGUUGUGUAGAGAGAGUGUGUGUGGACGCUGUUACUGGGAGCUGCAGUGGAGUGGAAAUGUGUGUAUAUCAGUGUCAUAUAAGAGCAUCAGCAGGAAGGGAUCAGGUAAUGAGUGUUUGUUUGGAUAUAAUGAUCAGUCCUGGAGUUUGCGCUGCUCUUUCUUCAGAUACUCAUUCAAACACAAUAACAUACAGACUGAUCUUCCUGUAAAGUCCAUCAGCAGUAGAAUAGGAGUGUUUGUGGAUCACAGUGCAGGAACUCUGUCCUUCUACAGCGUCUCUGACACAAUGAGCCUCAUCCACACAGUCCAGACCACAUUCACUCAGCUGCUCUAUCCUGGGUUUUAUGUUAUUGGUUCUGGAUCAUCAGUGAAACUGUGUUGAUGAAUCAGAAUAGACUGAUGAGAGAUUCUACCCAUAAUGCUUUGAGCUGCAUGAUAAAUCAGUAACAGUGAGAUGUUAUAGAGUCUCUUCUUUUCUUUUCAUGAUAUUAAUA